ACAGUGCCAGAUCGUCGCUGAGACGGGACUGUUUCUCCGCCCGCGGUUCCUCGCCCCGCACCUUUCUGCUGCGCGCCGGGUCUCGGAGGAGGCGCCGGGAGAGUGGAUGCGGGCGAGAUGGACAGCGGCGCACUGCCCCGGCCGCCGCCCCGCGCGCCUGGCGUCUCGGGCUGCUGCGCGGCUCGGAGGCGACCCGAGUCCCCAGAGCUGCUCCGCUGCAGCCGGCGGCGGCGGCCAGGCGCGGUGGAGACCGGCAACGGCGCGGCAGCCGUGGCGCGACGCAACGAGCGCGAGCGCAACCGCGUGAAGCUGGUGAACUUGGGGUUCCAGGCGCUGCGGCAGCACGUGCCUCACGGCGGCGCCAGCAAGAAGCUGAGCAAGGUGGAGACGCUGCGCUCGGCCGUGGAGUACAUCCGCGCGCUGCAGCGCCUGCUGGCCGAGCACGAUGCGGUGCGUGCCGCCUUGGCCGGGGGGCUGCUGGCGCCAGCGGCGCGCCACCCCCUGCCCCGCGGGCCGCCCGGGACCCCCGCCGCCACCGCCUCGCCUUCCUGCGCCUCGUCGUCCCCAGGCCGUGGGCACAGCUCGGAGCCCGGGUCCCCCCGUUCCGCCUACUCGUCGGACGACAGCGGCUGUGAGGGCGCGCUGAGCCCCGCCGAGCGCGAGCUGCUCGACUUCUCCAGCUGGUUAGGGGGCUACUGAGCGCUUCACCCCGAGCGGCGGCAAGCGCCCACCACCUGGGAGCCGGCGCGCUGGCCUGGCUGGACUCGUCCCUGUCCUAUCUGCGGGUCAAGCCACCACCGAGCCGGGGCUCGCGCCAUCGCCCCCCCCCCCGGCCGUCCAGCCUGACCAAGGGCUAGUGUGGAAUGGGGUCCCGCCAGACCUCACUGGCGGCAGCUUCCUCGCCCACUCCCCUUGCCCCCAGAGGCCUUCCCCUGGAACCGGGCUGCAGCAGGACGCUUGGAGGCUUGACGAGGAGGGGAUCUUGGGAUGACACAGAUUAUCUAUUUUUUACUCAUGGACUUGAACUGCCCAGGGACA